AUGACCAUGUUCGAGAAUGUUACCCGGGCCCUGGCCAGACAGCUCAACCCCCGCGGCGACUUGGUACCCCUGGACAGCCUCAUUGACUUCAAGCGCUUCCAUCCCUUCUGCCUGGUGCUGAGGAAGAGGAGGAGCACGCUGUUCUGGGGCGCCCGCUAUGUCCACACCGACUACUCCCUCCUGGACCUGCUGGAGGCCGGCAGCUCCCCUGAGGAGCCAACAGACAGUGGGAACUUCGGGUUCACGAACAUGCUGGAUGCCCGCGUGGAGGGAAAAGUGGACAUGCCCAAGACGGUGAAGGUGACAGGGACGGCCGGCCUCUCCCGCAACAGCACCCUGGAGGUCCAGACGCUCAGUGUGGCCCCCAAGGCCCUGGAGAGCCUGCAAGAAAAGCGGAAGCUGGAGGAGGAGCACCCCUUCCUGAAGGAGAUGCGAGACCGGGGCGAGAACCUGUACGUGGUGAUGGAGGUGGUGGAGACCGUGCAGGAGGUCACCCUGGAGAGGGCCGGCAAGGCAGAGGCCGGCUUCUCCCUCCCGUUCUUCGCCCCGCUGGGGCUGCAGGUUCGCUUCGAGCACCCCCACACACCCCCACACACACACUCCUCAGAGGUUGGGUUUGCUUUGCACCCAUGCACUGCCCACCCAGGUGACUGUAAGGACCCAGCCCUUCCCCCUGCUGCUCCAAACCCAGAAGAGAAGUUCGUCCUUAUCCAAGCAUCUGAGUCUGGGGAGGAACAUGAAAACUUCAAGACACUAAAAGAAGAGGUUCAAAGGGAAACCCAAGUAAUAGAGAAGCUGAGCCCCGCAGGGCAAAGCUCCCUGCUCAGCUCCCUGGGCAAACUUCUCGGAAAGAUCAAGGACCUCCAAGACCUGGAGCUCGCGUUACGUGGGGCUCUAGACAAGGGACAUAAAGUGACCCUGGAGGCGCUGCCCAAAGAUGUCCUGCUGUCCAAGGAAGCUACGGGAGCUGUCCUCUAUUUCGUCGGAGCCCUGACCGAUAUCCCACACAUCUGCAAUGAUAACAUGCAAACCUUCCCUCUCGGAGUUCCCGCUGCCCUGGCCGAUCGCGGCCCCGAUGACACAGCCGCUCGGGGCGCAGGACUCCUCCUCCCGUGCCGUCUCCGCCACCCCACCCCAAGUUGGGUCCAGAGCUACAUCCCACGGGGCCUGGGGCCCCCCUUCCGUGUCUCCCCCCCUGGCCUCACGGACUGA